AUGGAGGUCCGACCUGAGCGCUUUAAAGCGGUAGCGGCCAAAACACUGGGAAGAAUAAACCGGGUUUUGGAGAAGCGUCAGGAGAAUGGAGAGACCAUCGAGCUGUCAGCAGAAGGCCGUCCGGAGCUGCAGGAGGAGAAGGAGCUGCCGGUGGUGGACUGCACGUGUUUCGGUCUGCCACGGCGCUAUAUCAUCGCCAUACUGUCAGGCCUGGGCUUCUGCAUCUCCUUCGGGAUCCGCUGUAAUCUAGGAGUGGCCGUCGUCAGCAUGGUCAACAACCACACCGUCUACAGAGACGGAAAACCCUACGUCGUGAAAGCACAGUUCAACUGGGAUCCAGAGACUGUAGGAAUGAUUCAUGGCUCCUUUUUUUGGGGAUAUAUCGUCACUCAGAUUCCAGGAGGUUUUAUCUGUCAGAAGUUUGCUGCCAACAGGGUUUUUGGCUUUGCGGUGGUGUCCACGUCUAUCCUGAAUAUGAUGAUUCCCACUGCGGCACGAAUGCACUUCGGCUGUGUGAUUCUAGUGAGGAUAUUACAGGGGCUCGUUGAGGGUGUUUCUUACCCAGCAUGUCACGGGAUCUGGGCGAAAUGGGCUCCGCCUCUAGAGAGAAGCCGAUUGGCCACAACAGCGUUCUGUGGUUCGUAUGCGGGCGCAGUGAUAGCGAUGCCAUUAGCUGGUGUUCUGGUCCAAUACUCUGGCUGGUCCUCAGUCUUCUAUGUGUAUGGUAGUUUUGGUGUGUGUUGGUAUCUGUUCUGGAUUCUGGUGUCGUAUGAGAGUCCAGCAGCUCAUCCUACUAUCACACCAGAGGAACGCAAAUACAUCGAGGACGCCAUCGGGGAAUCAGCUGGACUGGCCAACCCGCUCACGAAAUUCAACACCCCCUGGCGUCAGUUCUUCACAUCGAUGCCCGUCUACGCCAUCAUCGUGGCCAACUUCUGCAGGAGCUGGACCUUCUACCUGCUGCUCAUCAGCCAGCCGGCGUACUUUGAGGAGGUCUUCAAGUUCGAGAUCAGCAAGGUUGGUAUUCUCUCUGCUCUUCCUCAUCUGGUGAUGACCAUUGUUGUGCCUAUCGGCGGUCAGUUGGCGGAUUAUCUGCGGACACACAACCUCAUGACCACCACCAACGUCAGGAAACUCAUGAACUGCGGAGGUUUUGGUUUGGAGGCCACGUUUCUCCUGGUUGUGGGUUUUUCUCACACUAAAGGAGUCGCCAUUUCAUUUCUGGUUCUUGCUGUUGGGUUUAGUGGUUUCGCCAUCUCAGGCUUCAAUGUGAAUCAUCUGGACAUCGCACCGCGGUAUGCCAGUAUACUGAUGGGCAUCUCCAAUGGCGUCGGGACGCUCUCCGGCAUGGUGUGUCCUCUGAUCGUCGGUGCCAUGACCAGAAACAAGACGCGCGAGGAAUGGCAGUAUGUGUUUCUCAUUGCUUCACUUGUUCAUUAUGGUGGAGUUAUCUUCUACGGUCUCUUUGCAUCGGGAGAGAAGCAGCCGUGGGCCGAGCCGGAGAACAUGAGCGAGGAGAAAUGCGGGAUUUUAGGAGAAGACGAGCUGGCUGAUGAAACUGAGGAGCUGUACCGCUCAGCAGGCGGCGGCUAUGGUGCAACCAUCCAAUCAGGAGACCCCAACGGGGCGGGGACUGGAGGGGGUGGAGCCGGAGGUAGCUGGGUCUCAGACUGGGACAAAACGGAGGAAUACGUUCAACCGGUGGGAACAAACAGCUUCCUUUAUGGAGGAGAAGAGGACAGAGGGAUGAACGAAUGACUUCCACAGCUCACAGAGUACAAGCAGAGCAGGAUGGGUGGGUGAAACACAUCCCAAACACUAACUGACUGGAACGAGGACUUGCUUUCUAACCCAAACAAAAAAAAUACUAUAAGUAACAUCAAGGCUUUCCAGUGAUAUCACACAGAUUGAAUAGAGGUGUGUGUGAGAGUGUGUUUUGAGUGCAUGUGUGGAUGUUUAACACUGUGUGAGGGUCAUUAACGGGGUCAUGAACUGGUUUGGCUCAUUUAAAGAUAAAUUAACAUUAUAAUGAACUCUUCUGUUUUGACCCAUAUCAGAAC